AUGUCACUAUCUCGAUCAUUUAGAUGGGAUGGGCGAGGAGAACCACAGCCCGCCCGAGUGCAGAUUCAUGAUGAUCGCAUUAUUCGAGAGAGCGACUUGAAAUGGGAAAAUGAUCUGAGACGGAUGUGCCGGUCUUCUAACGUAUCGUGGGAAGUUACAGACAAAGUCAUACAGGCCCACAGAGAAAAGCAAGAGAAGAAAAUGCGAAUACGUUGCGGGGACGCAUCAACGGAGGAGAUCAUCAUCCCACAGUAUGAGCGUGAGCAUCCAGUGCAUCGGGAACGGGAAGUCGACCGGGAGGAGAUCGCCAUUCCCCGUGAUCAGCGCAAUAUUCGGACCUACCUGCGGGAGGAGAUUGUCAUACGCCGUUACGAGGAUGAUGCUCGGACUUGUCGGGAACGAGAACCUGUCAUUCGGCGGGAUGGGCAUCAUGACCGAGACGAUGGACUUGUAGAGGAAGUCCGCGUUGAAAAGCCUUUUCGAUCAAGCACGACUACAGUCCCACGACCUCCACCACCAGCUACAGGACCUGAAUUCAUCAACGCUCCUACAAUACAUCAGGAGGCAAUUACACAUCAUCGCCAUAUCGACCAUGGCUUCGAGUUAGCUCUUAAAACAGAGGAAGAUCCUAAGGAGGAUCAUACGGCAGAUGCGCACGAGGGCCGGGAUGCUUAUGGAGAUGAACAGGUAGUCACUAUCGAAGGUACUUCUCCAUCCAGUUCACCAUCACCUUCCCCAACGCCAGCGCCAGAGCCUCAUGUCAUCAAAGCUCCUGCAAUGCACCAGGAAGUCAUCGCGCAUCAUCGUCAUAUUGAUCUCGGAGAUUCCAAGGCGGAUCGUAUGGUUCAACUACUGGAAACUAUUCUGCACACGCUUCGUGAUGAAGUUACAGUAACACCGCUGAAUAAGUCUACCGGCGAAGCCGAUACAAAAGCUGGCAAGUCCGUGGAAGAACUUCAAGCAGCGGAGCAAACGACUAAAGCGCAGAAGGCAUUGCCACCGUCAGCAAAGAAGAAAUAA